AUGGGCUUUCUGGAGGCCCUGCAGGACCCCAAGAUCUCGGAAAUUGUGCUGCUGGGCGAUGUCGUGCUGGACCCUCGUGGCAGCGGCGAGCGCGACCCAAUCUUGAUCACGCGCAACGUCACGAUCACCUCGCCGCCUGGGACGCCGCGGAGCUCGCUGCCGGCGCUCGACUUUUCGUUCCAGCAGGAUGAGGCGACCAUCGGUGUCAAUGUCACGGUUACAUUCAAGAGCGUCAUGCUCAAGAAUAUGCGGAAGGGCAGCGGCCUGGGCAUGGACUUUUUCGGCGGCCUGCAGGGCAGCACAAUCGUAUGCAUCGACGUGCCACGGUGGCGCUACAUGUGCGCGGCGGCGGACGCAGCGCUCGCUUCGGCGAAUUCGUACCCUCGGCCCAGCGACCUGCCUGGCAAGAACCUUGUGCGGCUGCAGAACGAGUAUCAUCGGGGCACCUGGUACAAUUCCAGCCUGCACUAUGUCAGCUUCGCGCUCCACGUGAUGUCGGACAACAGCGAGAGCGACGCGUGGCUGCCCGGUUACGCCAUGGUCCUGCGGAACUCGACAAGGAUCUGCCAGACGUACAUAUCUCCAGAAUGCGAGAGCGUCAAGAGCCUGGAUCAGUGCCAGGUGGACGGCGUGGACGCGUGGCUGGCGGCCAUGGACGACGACACUCAGGAUGAAAGCUGGAAGCAGAAGGUCGCCGCGGGCGUUGCAUCUGGCGUGGGCGCGGCCCUGGUCUUGGCGGCCGGCGCGUUCGUGUGGCGGCGGCGCCGCCUGCGGCGGCGGCGCAUGGCCUGGGAGAAUGAGGCGGCGGACCCCGCGACUUUUGGGGGGUGA